AUGGAGGAAUUGAAAAUGGUAAACAUUGUGAGAGCAUACUGCUGGUUGUUGCAUUGGUUAAUGAGAGCGGUGGGUUUGAGACCCUACACGGUGGAGAUAGAGCCAGGGACGGUUAUAAGAUUCUGGGUGCCAUGCGACGCCGCUUCCAACCACAAACCGGUGGUGGUUCUCCUGCACGGCUUCUGCGGCGACGGAAUCAUCAACUGGCAGUGCCAGGUGGGAGCUUUGACGAGAGACUACGCGGUUUACGUGCCGGACCUUCUGUUCUUCGGCGGCUCCGUCACCGAUAAGGCGGAGCGGUCGCCGGAAUUUCAAGCGGAGUGUUUGGCAGCGGGGUUGGGGAAGCUCGGGGUGGAGAAAUGCGCUAUGGUUGGGUUCAGUUAUGGAGGGUUUGUGGCAUUGAAAAUGGCUGAGAUGUACGCUGAGAUGGUGGAGUGUGUGGUGCUGUCUGGCGCCGUUGUGGCUGUAACGGAGUCCAUAAUCUCGAGAGCAGUGGAAGGGAUUGGGUUUUCGUCGUGCUCGGAGAUGCUGUUGCCGACGUCCGUUGAGGGACUGAAGUUCCUUCUUUCCAUCGCUGCUCACAGAAACCUCUCCUUACCCAACCGUUUCUACGCCGACUUUUUACAGGCAAUGUACUCGAAUAGGAAGGAGCGAGCUGAGCUAUUGGAGGCCCUAGUCAUUUGUUACGAAGAGAUCAACAUCCCAAAAUUUCAGCAGCGAAUACAUAUUCUUUGGGGUGAGGAUGACAAAGUUUUUAAAGUAGAGUUUGCGCAGAAAAUGAAAGAGAAGAUGGGAAAUAACGUAACAUUUGAAGCGAUAAAGAAUGCGGGUCACUUGGUUCACCUGGAGAGACCCUGGGUCUAUAACAAGUGCCUCAAGCAAUUUCUUACUUGUGUUUUGCCAUUGCCAGAGGACAAGGAAACGAAUAUGGGAAUGCAGGGUAACGGCAAAGAUUGA